UUAGCGAUCGUAGCUUAGUAGAGAAACAGCUGCCGAUAUGUUGAAACAGCUGUCACUGGUACUCUUGUGCAUUAUCGUUUCUUUUAAUGUAUUGUCGAUCGGAGCGACGAAAAAUCCUCACUAUGUAGGCCACAGAACGACGAUGGUCCAUUUGUUCGAGUGGAAGUGGAACGACAUCGCCAACGAGUGCGAAAAAUUCUUAGGGCCCAAGGGAUUCGGUGGUGUUCAGGUUUCACCGAUACAAGAGAACGUGAUAAUUCCCAAUCGUCCCUGGUACGAGCGCUACCAGCCGAUCUCCUACAAAUGGUCGACUCGAUCGGGCAAUGAGCAAGAAUUCCGCUCGAUGGUUCGCCGAUGCAACAAGGCCGGAGUUCGCAUCUACGUCGACGCGGUGUUGAAUCACAUGACCGGCAAUCACGAAAAAGCCGUCGGAACCGGUGGUUCCACGGCCGACCCCCAUAAAUUCAGCUAUCCCGCCGUGCCGUUCGAGAGGAAACAUUUCAACGAGCCCUGCGGUAUCGACUACAACAAUGCAAAGACCGUCAGAGAUUGCGAGCUCGUGGGCUUGCACGAUUUGAAUCAGAGAUUGGAUCACGUUAGAAAGCAAAUGAUCGCUUUUCUGAAUAAAGCCAUCGAUGCCGGGGUCGCGGGAAUCCGUAUUGACGCGGCGAAACACAUGUGGCCCGAAGAUCUCAAGUACAUCUACUCGAAGCUGAAGAAUCUGAACGUCGAGCACGGAUUUCCGCCCAACUCCAGGCCCUUCAUCUUCCAGGAGGUCAUCGAUUACGGCGGUGAGUCCAUCUCCAAGUUCGAGUACAACGAGUUCGCCGCGGUGCUCGAGUUCAAGCACGGCAGAGAGCUGUGCAAUGGAAUUCGCGGCCAGAAUCCGCUCAAGUACUUCAAGACUUGGGGUACCACUUGGGGACUGCUGCCCUCGGACGAUGCGGUCACUUUCGUCGACAAUCACGACACUCAGCGCGAAGGAUUCAUGACUCCGCUAACAUACAGAGAGUUCCGACUUUAUAAGAUGGCCGUGGCCUUCAUGCUGGCGCAUCCCUACGGUCAUCCCCGCGUCAUGAGCUCGUACGACUUCAAAGGCUUCGAGCAGGGACCCCCCGCCGACGAGUACGGCAACAUACUGUCGCCCAUCAGCGCCGAGGGCACCUGCAGCAACGGCUGGGUGUGCGAGCACAGGUGGCGCCAGAUCUACAACAUGGUCGGCUUCAGGAAUCACGUGGGCAAGGCCCCGAUGAAGAGAUGGUGGGACAACGGCAACGGCCAGGUGGCCUUCUGCCGGGGUGACGUCGGCUUCUUCGCCAUCAACACGGAGAACAGCGAUCUCAGAAGGAAGCUGCGCACCUGUCUGCCCGCCGGCACCUACUGCGACGUCAUCUCGGGCGAGCUGAGGAACGGACGCUGCACCGGACACUCGAUCGAGGUCGACGCGCAGGGCAACGCUCAGAUCGAGAUUUUGACCAGUAGGCACGACGGAGUCGUCGCCUAUCACACGGGUGCCAAAGUUGGGAAAAAUAAACACCAUCCAAAUCAACUGUGAGAAGGCAAGCUGAAAAUUAGAAGCUAAACAUUUUCACUACUUUUCAUUAAAAAAAUGUUGAGGUCUUGAUUAACGACUCAAUAAAAGUAAUUUUCAACGAAUUUAUUUCAACAGAAACAAUGCACUGUUCACUUUUCACCUUGAAUAAUUGUCUACUUUACAAAUCAACAAUAUCUCCAAGUAUACAAUGAAAAUUGAUUACGUUCGAUGCUUGAUAUAACUUACUGGACUUUGAAUUAAAAUACAAUUUUAUGCGAGCUUCUUUGAAAGAGGCGCUGCACUAAAUAUAAAA